AUGGGAUGGAACACCUGGAACGCCUUUGGGUGCGAUGCCGAUGAAGAGUUAUUGCUCACUUCAGCACAGAGCCUGAUUGAUUUUGGGUUGCGCGACUUAGGGUACAAUAUCAUCUCUCUGGAUGACUGCUGGUCGAUCGGAAGAAAUUCGAGCGGAUAUCUUGUUGAGAGUCCUAUCAAGUUCCCCAAUGGCAUGCCAUCUAUGAUAUCCCAACUCCAUGAUAUGGGAUUCAAAUUUGGGAUAUACUCGUCUGCUGGGACCUUCACAUGCGCCAAACAUCCUGGUUCGCUUGGCUAUGAAACGCAGGAUGCAGAUCUUUGGGCCAGUUGGGGGGUGGACUAUCUUAAGUACGACAACUGCUUCAACCAGGGACAGUCUGGGACGCCGAAGAUCUCGUAUGAUAGGUACAAUGUCAUGUCUCAAGCUUUGAACGCGACAAAUCGCGAGAUUAUAUACGCCAUGUGUAACUGGGGAAAUGACGAUCCGUACGAUUGGGCAUACCUGAUCGCGAAUUCUGGACGUAUGUCCGGUGAUAUUUACGAUUCAUUCAACCGUCCCGACGAUCGUUGUCCCUGCACUGAAGCUCCUGGUUGCGCAUGGCCGGGUUUUCACUGCUCCAUCAUGAACAUUCUGAACAAGAUUCCUUCAAUCACGAGUCGCACAAUGAGUGGCUACUUCAACGACAUGGACGGCCUCGAAGUAGGCAACGGAGGACAGGACGACAACGAAUACGUUAGUCACUUCUCUAUGUGGGCUAUCAACUCAUCUCCGCUGAUGAUAGGCACCAAUAUCCCCACCUUAUCACCCGCUAAUCUCGCCAUCCUUUCCAACCCCGCCAUCAUUGCGCUCAAUCAGGAUCCCUCAGCUGGAGCAGCAGUCAGGAAAUGGCGCUAUCUCGUAGAGCCCGACGACAAUGGCCAAGGGGAAAUUGCGCUAUGGACGCGCAUUAUGGAUAAUGGUGAUAUCGUCGUUGCGCUGCUCAAUGCUGGAAACUCUAGCAGGACGAUGAACGCUACAAUGAACGACAUCUUCUUCGACCAGCGUACUGCGGGUGCGUACAAAACGCCCCCUGAGCUUUCCGAGACUUGGAACGUGUACGACUUGUGGGCUAAUCGCAUGUCCAAUGAAGAGGCUCAGUCAAUCCUGAGCGGUAGUAAUGGUACCACUGCUAACGGAACGAGGACGGGGCUGUAUAAUGCUACGGCAACGAGUUACGCAGAUGGACUUCAAAAUAACAACACUGCGUUGUAUGGUGCGCAUGUCGGCAGUAUUGCGCCUAGCGGUCCGUUCAGCGCGGAGAUUGCAAGGCAUUCGGUUGGUGUAUUUCGCCUGAGGUCGCAGGGAAACGCAAAUCCGAGGAAGAGGGAUGAGCUAUAG